AUGAGCGCUGCAAAGGAUGCUUCGGAUCAGAAUUUUGACUAUAUGUUCAAGAUUCUCAUCAUAGGCAACUCCUCAGUUGGAAAAACUUCAUUUUUGGUCCGCUACGCUGAGGACAGCUUUACAUCCGCAUUCGUAUCAACCGUUGGAAUUGACUUUAAAGUAAAAACGGUUUUUAGACAAGACAAGCGAGUAAAAUUGCAAAUUUGGGAUACUGCUGGUCAAGAACGUUAUCGAACAAUCACAACGGCCUAUUACCGUGGUGCCCUCGGGUUCAUUCUAAUGUAUGAUGUCACGAACGAGGACUCAUUUAACGCCGUUAGAGAUUGGGUUACACAGAUUAAGACCUACUCUUGGGACAAUGCACAGGUCGUCUUAGUCGGCAACAAAUCGGAUCUUGCCGCGGAGCGUCAAAUAACAGCAGAACGCGGGCGUGCACUUGCCGACACUCUUGGCCUGAAGUUCUUUGAGACCUCGGCGAAAGACAAUGUCAAUGUGAAGGCUGUCUUUGAUUUGAUGGUGGAUAUCAUUUUGGAGAAGGUGGCCGAAACCUCGGAUCAAGACGGUGCAAUGGCGGGUUCCAAUGCUCCCGGAGCAAAGCGCCUGACGGAGCGGCCGGAGGGUCAAGGCAGUGGCUGUGGUUGUUAA